AUGACUCAAGGUACUUUUCAUCAUCGACGCACACCCUCGGGUUCGAAUGCCACCAAAGUGAGAACCUCUCGGCCAGCAACACACCGGAGAGGCACAUCCUUGGGGAAUCAUCAUUCCAUCUCAAAGCUAGGUUCUGGACAGCCCACCAAGCAUUUGCGAGUGGAAGACGACCGGCAACCCGAGAUGGCGGCCAGCUUUCUUAAUUUCUGUGCCAUGUGCGAGAGGCAGAUAACAGUGCCCGACAACACUAUUCUUUAUUGCAGCGAAAGCUGCCGUCGCAAAGACUCCCACAAACCAAUUUCAGCAUCCUUCCCAUCCACUUCAUCCAUGUCUUCCUCUUCGACUCCUCCUAGCUCUCCCCCAAUGUCGCCUCGCAUGAUAGUCGCACCCUUCACUCCCACGAGAAGCUCUUCCAGAUUGUCCAGCUCUGCCCGGAUAUCCGGUGAAUGGCUUGAGGCCAAGACGGAUCAGGAUCCCACUGAAUGGAAGCCCGUAAUACCUACGGGCAAUGGUGCUAGUUCGUUGGCAACCUCGGAUGCUUGGAAGUACUUGUCCCAGUUCCACAACGAUGACCGUGGCGUGCCUCUACGUCGCCCUGGGCUCGGUCAUCGCAGCUCUGCCAGCUUGACUACUCUGCUGAGUAGCACGGGACAUAUGCCCUCGCUGACCCAUACACCGUCUACGGUCGCAUCCUCGUUCAGUAGCAACGCGUCAGAUUACAUGGGUCAGAUGCACGAUCCGGCAUAUCGUCCUCUGCCGCCGCGACACAACCCGCAUUUUUGCAGUUCGAGUGCGACCAAAGGGGUCGAGCUGGUAGUUCCUCAUGUCCUUGUUCAAGCUGAGGACGUCUCCCCCGUCGACAUGUCCAAUGAUGGAUCCAUUUUCCCCGCCAGCAGUGCACUGUGGAAUGAAAAGCCUCUCAACAAGACAUCCACUUUGACUACGACCUUGGGUGCGGUGAGCUCCAAUGUGCCCAUGCGCUCUGUCUGA